UCGUGAUGAGAGAGUUAGAGAAUCUGUUUAGGGAGGAAAGAGAGAUUAUCUAGGCGUGGAGAUCAGACUUUCUGGAGAGGGUAAAGGCUAGAAGCGUAUCACGUGAAGAAACUAGUGAGCGAUCUGCAGAGAGCGAGACAACUGAAGAUAAAGUAACGCAGGGAAGUAGCGACAGGACAUGAGCGAGACUGCUUUACACACGACGGAGCGGUACUCAUUACAUGUGGUAGGGAGACUGAACAGACCAUUAGUGUUAGUGAUCAUAGAACUCCAGCUCCAUACCAGACUGUGCAUAGUUGAGGAGGCAGAGUGUGUCCGCCGCGCGCUGCGUGAGGCUAGGGGAACAGGACUUUGGAUUGUAAUAGAAGGAGGACGGAGGAUAAAAUACGUACUCCAAGUGACACCUUUCGAAGGGCGGUCUCGGAUAAGGGCAUGGUACGAGACGACCAGAGAGGUUGAGAGGUUGAAGAUAAGCGAAGCCAGGAAAGCUGGAGAGUUAGGGAGAGUUGUAACAAAUGGUGCAAUACUCAGGGUGUUAGCCGCUCACGACCGGUACUGGAAGGAAUCGAUAAAGACUUUAGAGGCGAUAGAGGAUGGUGGAGAUAAGGAAGACUUUGAGACAUUUUAUGACAUAUUGGAGCGGUCGGCGAUGAGGGACUAUGGUAUCACAAAAUAUCUGGAGAAGUGGGAGCUUCAUGCCAGCCGGAGUCAGUGGUCAGAGGAAGAGAUUAUAGAGAACUUCCUAUUUAAUGUGGACCCAAGUCUCGGUAGGGAAGUUAAGGAAGCUCGACCGAAGGAUGGGAAAUGGACUACGUACAAGAAGAACCUCGUUGAGCUUUACAAAUUGGAGGAUAACAAGUAUUCCAUCAAGGACCUUGAAACAAUGACUCAAGAUGAAGAUGAGAGCGUACGGGCAUUUGGGAUGCGUUUCCARAAGAUCUCCGAYGUGYUGAUGAAGAAGGGAAAAAUCUCAGAGGUCGAGCGCUGUACUAUCUUCAUCGGACACUUGUCCAAAGGUAGGCAAAAGAGUAUACUUAGAGAUCUUCCGCGCGACAGGCUUGAUUUCCCAGAAGUCCUAAAGCUCGCGAUAAAGGCAGAGGCAAACGAUUACAAGGACUUGGUGUGGAGAGGGAUGAGGAGACGUGACUUCUCUCUCUACAAGGAGUAUGCCACUGAUAAAUGUCCUGAUUUCAAGGACUAUCCCUGGUCAGAGAAGAAUGAGGCCGUGGCUGAGGAAGUGAAGGAGAUGCGGGACAUGGUGAAGGGAUUGACGAGACAGGUUACAGAGAUUGUGACCACUACAGGGGCCACAGCCUACCAGGACAAACCUGAAGGGCCCUAUUCACUUCGCUAGGACCGUAGGAACAACUAUUCCUGGAGGAGUGUCGAGGAUAAAAAUCCUCGGACGCU